UUCUUAUGUGAAGUAUUUGAUUUUCGUUAGAUGCUUUUGCCUGGUUCGAUUGCAAAAAAAGCGGUGAUUUUUUAAGAGCAAAUAUGCAAAAACUGUGAAGUAGUAAAGUAAAAAUGAAACUAUUAAAACCUACUUGGGUUACACACGAAGAUAGCAAACCGAUUUUCUCUGUGGACAUUCAUCCGAAAGGUAACAAGUUUGCUACAGGAGGACAAGGCGGCCAAGGAGGUCGAGUUGUGAUAUGGAACUUAGCACCAGUUCUAAAUGAAGCUGACGAACUCGAUCCGAAGAUACCCAAAAUGUUGUGCCAAAUGGACAACCACUUAAGUUGUGUUAACGUGGUCCGGUGGAGUUGCGAAGGACACCUGCUCGCAUCGGGCGGCGACGACAAGUUGGUUAUGAUAUGGAAACUAACGGGCGAGGGUAGCUCAUCGGUGUUCGGCGGCGGUGGAAAAAUCAAUGUGGAAACGUGGAAGUGCGUUACCACCUUAAAUUCGCAUAGCGGCGACGUUUUAGAUUUAGCCUGGGCGCCGCACGACGGAUGGCUCGCUUCGGGUAGCGUUGAUAAUACAGUAAUAAUCUGGAAUGUUCAGAAGUUACCUGAAAAAGUCGCCGUGCUUAAAUCGCACACUGGAAUGGUUAAGGGAGUGGCAUGGGAUCCUAUUGGCAAGUACUUGGCGAGCCAGUCGGACGACCGUUCAUUGCGUGUGUGGCGCACAGCGGACUGGGCCCAGCAGGAAGUCGUAACCGAUUGUUUCGUAGACUGCUCCGCUACUACGCACGUUUUGCGCCUCUCUUGGUCACCAGAUGGUCAGUAUUUGGUAUCCGCGCAUGCUAUGAACGGAGGCGGUCCCACCGCUCAGAUAAUUGAACGCGACGGAUGGAAGCAAGACAAGGAUUUCGUAGGUCACCGAAAGGCAAUCACGUGUGUCCGUUUCAAUUCGAAUAUUCUCAAAAAAUUACUGCCGAGCAGCCCAAAAACGCAACAGUAUUGCUGUUGUGCCAUUGGUUCGCGAGAUCGGUCCUUAAGCGUGUGGCUAACCUCGUUAAAGCGUCCAUUGGUUGUUAUUAAAGAUUUGUUUGAUGAUAGCGUUCUGGAUAUAUCGUGGAGCAGUAACGGUAUGAAUCUUUUGGCUUGUUCGUGGGAUGGCACUGUUGCGUGUGUCGUUUUUGUACCACAAGAGAUUGGGCAUCCGCUUUUGGUCGAUGAAAAGAAUGCACUAUACGAACGAAUGUACGGUAAAUCGUUACAACGGAAUUGGAACCAGAGCUUCACAGGCAGCCAAAUUAUUGAAAAUCCGGAGCUGCUACAGGCGAUGGAAGAAAUUAACGAUCAGCAACGCAUACAGCCGUCGAUUCAAAAGGAAAUUCCCAAACUGGUCACGCCGCCCGCACCGCAAGAGUCGCCGAAGUCCGCGCCGCCGUUAGUCGUGCCUAACAAACAAAUCGAAACUCGUCUCCCUUCGGGUAAAAGACGAAUUACGCCGAUGUUUUUAACUGCGGCGCCCGUAUUGGCCAAGGAUUCGUUGGAAGUGUCGUUAAUGAAUGAGAUUUCGACGUCUUUUAGUAGUUCGUCACCGUCCAAAAGUAAGAUUAUUGUGGAGACGAGAAAAGAAUGUGCGCCCGUUGCCGUACAAUCACAGUCUGUCCCUCCUGCAAGUAAUAAAACUGUCGAGGCCGUACAAAGUACAACCCUACCUAAAGCACAACCACCCGGUGUUCAAAUAAACCAAUUAAUGUGUUCAGACGUCCCGGGCGAUCAACCGAUAGUACAUUUUAUUAGUGUAUUAGAGCCGUUGAAGUUACCGUCAGGUUCGACGGUAACAAAAAAAACCAGUCACAUCAAGAUGCAGAUUACAAACGGCUGCAACGUGACUUCUAAGGGAUCCUUUGCAAAGGUUGAAAUGUUCAAGAAUGUCGACGAUAAUCAACCUAUUUGGGAAACUUUUCUCGGUUCUACGAUCAGAUGCGUGGCCGCCAAUCGUAAAUUCGUAGUAGUGUGCUGUGAUGAUAUGACCGUCAAUUGUUUCUUUGUUAAAUCCGGAUCGAAGGUGUUUCCCUCGUUGCUCAUAGAAGAUAGCGCCGUCUCGAUUUGCAUUAGCGAAUGUUGCCACUGCCUGGUCUUAACCAAAACCGGUUUGCUGCAUAUGUGGGAUUUGGAAAAUGAGAAAUCGAUUUUAAGCAGAAUUUCACUGAGAAGCUUACUGUCAAAUAAAGCAUCGGUCAGCAGCUGCACACUCACAGAUGCGAACCUACCACUUGUCACAUUAACAGAUGGACGAGCCUACUCUUACAGCUUAAAUAUGCAAACAUGGGUUCUGUUAUCCAAUCCGUUAGAUCCUGUAAGUAAAGCCGGUGGUUCGUUAAGUAAAUCCUUACCUAGCACACUGCCUUUAGCAUCACUACAAAAAAGUAUACCGAUACAUGGUGCUGCAGAUACUCUGCCUUCGGGCGUUACAUUGAGCUUCCUCGAAUCUCAGAUAGCCGCCAGCUCACUACUGCGCUCCGCUGCCGAAUUCAAACACUGGCUGAUGGCCACCGUAAAUCAUCUCCUAGAAAAGGGUCCAGAGUGCAGGUUAAGGUCGAUUUUGGACGAACUCAUGAAUUCAAAGUAUUCGAAGUCGAGUAAGGUGAAAGGUUCAGAUUGCAUCUUGGGGUUAAAUAAGGAAGAUUUGCUAAAGGAAAUUUUAAAAAUAAUUAAACCCAAGCUUCCAUGGCAAAGGCUUUAUAAAGAGUACAAUGAACAGAUUGUUGCCGAAUCGUGAUGGAACAAUCAGGUUUUUUGUCACAUUGUAAAUAGUAAUUUAAAUAAAUAAUUUUAUAUGG